AGCAUUAUGAGCCGGACUCCCCACGGCCCUGGAACAAUCCCAGUGCUUAGAGUCUCUGUUCGCAUGCGGUACUGCACAGGUUCUGAGUCAUGACGUAUUUACUGACAACGCCGUGCGAGUUUUCGCACGAGCGCACAAGCUGCUCGGUAAUGUACCUCUUGGUCAGAUAAACCUCCCCUUGCACCUCUGUCACUGCGCCUUUUAGUUCUUUUCUCUCGGCAAUCGGGAUCAUCGGACCUGUCCGUCUGGAGAGCGCAAUUCUACUGGGAUUUUUCACCUUUUCUGACAGAUUUGGAAAAGUUUUACCUCCGUUUUUUCCAGAAACGCCGUUUCAUUAUGGGGCGAGCCUGUCACCGAGAGCUCGCGCUCCUGCCGCUGCUGGGAUACUUGGCUUGCCUGACGCGCGCGGACGUCUCUCCAUUAGGACACGUGUUUUUACUGGAGUUGGAGAAUUUUCCAAAAGGUGGGCAGGAGAGAGGGUUCGAGGCAGCAACACAUGCCUGUAUGGCUCAAGGGGCCCAGGUGGCAUCCGGGGCCGGCCUGCAUCACGCAGUGUUGGAAUGUGCCUUCUCAGCCUGCUCGCGUGGUUGGCUCUCCGGACCGAGUGUUGGGACUACAGUGUGCAGCGGCGUCCCGGGGAGUUUGAGGCCAGUUGAUGUGCAGUUGGAGAAUUUGACUAGGGACACUGAGAGACUGGGCGUGUUCUGCGUGAAAGAUAGCGAUGCUCCAUGUGGCCAGCCACCUUCAUUCCCACACUCACAUCUGCAGGGGAAAACUGGUCUGGACCUCGGGGAUGAACUUCUGUAUACCUGUGACCCAGGAUAUAAACUUCCCAACGGAGAGACGGGCUUCAGCCUGCUUUGCGACAGUUGUGGAGAAUGGUACGGACUUGUGCAGCAUUGCCUGAAAGAUGAUCCUGAAGGCCACAUCGACUAUGAAGAUAAGUUCACAGAUGGCCAUCUCCUUGAAAAUCUGAGGGAGGACCAUCAUAUUUCUUUGAAUCCAGGAGGAACGCAGUCCACUGUUCAUGAAGUAGAAGAAUCCUUUCCUGAGCCAGAGCCAGAUCCAGAGCCAGAGCCUGAGCAUACAGUCAUUUCUGAAGAAGAGAAGGAGAAUGAUGGAGAUUCAAUAUCAGUCACUGAACCUCCAGUGUCUCAACUCAGUCAGAAGCACAUGUUCUGGUUUCCUUCAGAGGCCUUCCAGGAAGAGAAGGAGCAGCCGGGUAUCACCACUGAUCUCUCCUCUGUUAAAAACCCCAAUGAAGAUGAGAGUCACAUGACGGUCAAAACAACCAACAGCCAGUCAGUUCCUGAUAUUAUCGCUGAGGAAAGUGACCAUUCUCCCACCGAUGAACCUACCAGUCCCAGUGACGGUGGCUCAGACGAUUCCUGGCUAGAUGGACACCCUGUUACUCAAGAUGAAGAUAAAGCUGGAGGUGAGUCCACAGGGGAGGCAGGGCCAGAACAAGAUGUAGAGUCAGAAACAGAGACCUUGACUGGCCACUCGGAAGUUGAGGUGUUUGAGGAUAUUACCAAAAACCCUGUGGAAGAAGACACCGGGGGUUUGAUUGAAAACCCUGAGGAGGACGAAGAUGGAGAAAUAAAAAAUCCAGAGGACACAAUCCACAUGAAAGGAGACGAGGAGGAGCUCGCUAAAGGCACAACAAGACUUGAAAAGGAAGAGUCUGUUGUAACACCUUAUGAGGAAACAACUGAAGGACUUUCAGAAGAUGACAUGGUGAAAGAAACGUACACACCAGAGGAAACGGAUUCUGAUGGAUCCAAAACAUUGGGGUUUGGUGGUGUUACUGACAGUCCAAAUGGUGUGGAGGUGAAGCCCACCACCUUCAUUACUCAGAUCACAGCCAGUCCAGAUGAUAUUGUUGUACACAAGCGGCCCACGCCGUACACACCAGCUUCCGCUCCUGAAAACGUGAGCACCAGUCAAGGCGGCCUGGGCCCUGAGAACACAUCCACAGCUUCUGGGAUGGUACAUCUGGAUGGUCCACCUGAUUAUAUCACCAGCAUGCCCACACCCGUCAUCAAGGAUCCAUGGGAAACCUUCGAUGACCACUUCCUGGAGCACAUACCUGGUCACGUCCCAACUGAAAACCCUGAAAAUCAGAGCGUGAUGGAAAGAGGUGGAGAUCACAGCCUCGAUCAACAGGAGCGGGCUGGAGAGGGUGCUUGUGCUGAAGACCCCUGUCACGGUUCAGGCCGUGGGCCAAUGAUCGCAGCCAUUAUCGUUGGCAUCGUAGCAGCGGUGGUGGGUUUGGUCUUGGGCGUAUGGUAUUAUAAAAAGAGGCAACAAAAGAGCUCUCACUACCAGCUCAAUGGAACUAACAGGCAAACGCAGUGCAUUGAGUUACAACAGACUGUGUGAAAGUCACACAGAUCCACAUAAAGCCACACAGCUUACUCAGUCGUCCAUACAAAGCCAUUUAUGUGUGAACAUUACAGUCUACGUCCACUGGGGCUCAGCUAAAUUCAGAGUAGAAAAAGCGCAAAAUCUAUCUAUCUACAUGUAUCGUUCUAUCUUUUUCUAACUUUGUAGUACAAUUACAGUCAUUUUAAUUUCUUAAAUUUUUUAAUUCACUUAAAUUUCCUUCAAAUUCAUUGGAAUAUAAUCUUAAUUCAAUUCUGAAUGCAACACAAUCCUGACCUUCACACUAACACUCUGUGUAACACUCCUUUAUCGCACAAGGUUGGAUUGUUUAGUGCUUACUUAGAUAGUAUUUCUGUUUUACAGUGUUUUCUUUUUCUUUAUGUUUCCAUUGUAUUGUGGAUAAUUGAUGGAUCAUGAAUCUGAUGUCUUCUCAUGCUUUGGACGGACUGGUGGUCGGUGCAUGUGUAUAUGGGGUGCCCGUCUGUCCAGAUUUGUACAUGUUUAUAGCUUUGUCCAUUAGUGAGUAAGCGUGUGUAAGAGAAUCAUUGUGACUUUAGCAUGUUUGCUUUUGAAAGAGAGCAGUCAGUUCAAAAGAGAGUGUGGUUGAACUGUGUGCGCAAUUGACAGUUUCUAGCUUGCAGACAGGUGAUACAUUCUGGUCAGGUGAAUUCUGAUUGGCUUUCAGCUCUUACAGUCCUAGAGCAGGCAGAAUAAAUAGCUUUCUUCCCUAAGUUUAGAAUACAAUGAGCAUUUGUUCUUUUCAAACCUUUUUCCUAAAAAUAAGUGAGUUUCUUGGGGUUGAGCUCAGGACUCAGAAAGAUUCACACUCACAGACUGGUUUACAGUGUAUUGAGUUAAUAUAUCCAGCGCUAUAAAAGUUACAUCAUAGUAGACUAUUUUCUACAUAGAUUUUCCCAGAUAUCUCAUUGAUGUUCAGUGCAAACUUUUGGCCAUGUCUUAUACAAGAUAUUCACCUCCAGUGACGUUUAUGAGGCAUAUUUAUAUUGUGUAUUAUAAAUGUAAAAACUUGAUUUUAGAGCUAGUAAAUUAAAACAACAAAAAAAACAAAUCAGAUAUGUCUAGAAUUACGCAUUUCAAUUGUCAUACUGAGGUCAAACAUAUAGUAUGUUAUUUUUAGAUAAUAUUAAUAAUAGGUAAUUAAGUGUAGUAAAGCCAUUUAUUUCUAGGUGGUGUUAGAGCAAAUGUAGCAUUUUUUUAUAUUGUUUGAUUGAUUUAUAAAUGAAGAAAAGUGAAGUAAAGCUUCCUGAAUUUUGCAGGGUCAUUUGUAAGUAUCCAUUAAAGAAUCGACUGACAGUAUUAACAUUAUCUAACUGUUUGGAUAUUUUUGAUUGUUGGCUGUUGUUGUCUUUUAAUAUGUUUUCCAGCCCUAACAUCUCUAUUUAGCAUAGAAGCUUGCACAGUCCUAUUUUAGAUUAGCCAUUUAGAGGAUGCUUUUAUCCAAAGAUACUUACAAAUGAUGAAAAUCACAAGCAAUUUAUCAUAGCCAAGAGCCAAAACACUUACAAAAUAAUCUCAUUUCUAAGAUCGAGAAAUCACUUCCAGUUGGCUGCUGUAGAUAUAUUUAAAGCUACAGUGGAUAAACACAUGAACUGCUUACCAUAAAAUAGGCCAUUUGCUAUUUGUGAGGUAAAUGUGGCCAUUGGAACUAUUUUAUUUGCUCUGAUAUCUUCUGAAAGUUAUUUUCUGAACUGUAAAGUGUUUUAUUGUGAUGUGGAACUGUGAGGCUUCAUACUCUUUGUUGAAAUUCAUCUGUAAUCAUUUCAAUCCCAUUUGAAGCUAAAACUGCUUAGUAAUAUCAACAUGACACUGUAACAAUGUCAGUUAGAUGUGACAUGAGAGUAUCUGACUAAACAUAGCUGUGGAAAACUAACUGAACAUUAACCAAUAAAUUACUUUUUGGGGGGAAAA